AUGUUUGACUCGUACGAACAUCAACAACCAUCUCCUGCUAUGUCUUCAUGUGAUAUGGAGUCAAUGGACGAAAUUGCACCUCCAACAGCAUCAUCCAUUCUCUCACUUAAUGAGGAUCUUACAAUGUCAAGUCGAUUAAGCACAACAACACCACAAAAUUCAGUUGCACUUCGCUUCAAAAAAAAACGCAAACGUAAACUUGAACCAGAUACAGUAUCACUUCGUUCACUUGAAGAUUUAGUUGGUGAUCAUUUUCAACGAAGAAAACGUUUGUCAUUACCACGCUUAUCAUCUGUAUCAGAAUUAUUAAGUCCAAUGUGUGACCGUGUUAUAAAUAUGCUUCAAACAACAAAACAAUCUUCAUCAGCUAAUCUACUAAAUCUUAUCAAUCAUAAUACAAAUCAUAAUUCGAAUAUACGUCGUAAGCCAACAUCGCAGCAAACAUCAGCGAGUGUAUCAUCGCCAACAACAGUAAAGAAAUUUCGUGCAGCUUGGUCAGAAACAUGUGAUGGAGAAAAACUUAAACAAACCAUGACAGCAACAGAAAUUGAACGACAAAAUGUUCUCUAUGAAUUGUUUUCCGAGGAACAACAAAUGAUUGAAAAUUUAGGUUUAGCACAACGAGUCUAUCGAAAUGGCAUGAAAACAUUGAAUAUUUUAACAGAUUCUGAAUUAAAACAAAUCUUUGGACCACUUGAAGAUAUUUUACCAUUACAUGAAGAUCUUCUCUAUCGAUUAAAACCAAAAGGUAAUUCAUCGAUUGAUGCCGUUGGACAAAUUUAUCUUGAAUGGUUUCAACGUAUUCGUUCAUCAUAUGUUUCCUAUUGUUCUAAUUUAAUCAAUGCAAAAGAACUACUAGAUGCUAAACGAUGUGAAGAAAAUGGCCGUGUUGAUGAUUAUCUUAAACGUUGUACCGAUUCAGGUUUUAGUCGUAAACUUGAUCUUUGGGAUUUUCUUGACCAACCACGCAGUCGUCUGAUGAAAUAUCCAAUUCUAUUCAAACGUAUUCAGAAACGAACUAAAGAUGGACAUGAAGAUAAACGAAUAUUACUUGAAACAAUUAAUAUUGUUGAAGAACUUAUAAAUGAUGUUAGUCAAGCAACAUCAGCACAACUUUGUUCAAAUGUUAUAACACGACUCGUUUAUACGAAUGAUGAACAAAAACAUUCAUUGAUUGAAAAACAAACCCGUAUUAUAUGCCAAGGAGAAUUAAAAAAUAAUCGUGGCCAAAAACUACACGUAUUUUUAUUUGAUGAUGUUCUUGUAUUUACACGUAUGGCAACACGAAAUGGUAUAAAAUCCUAUCAAUUAACAAAUUAUCCUAUUCCUGUAACAUCACUAAUAGUUGAAGAUAUUGACGAUGGUGUUAAAAUCCCUGAAUUAUCAUCUGGUAGUUUUUCACGUACAUUAGCUGGAUCAAAACCUGCUCGCAAUGUAUUUCGAUGUUCCUCAUCAUCGUCAAUAGAUAAUAAUAAUAGUCGAAAUACAUCUAUGUUAUUACAAGCGCGCGAUAUGUAUGAUAAACAACAAUGGCUUAGUGCAUUUCGAUCAAUAACACCAAUGGAUAAACAAUAA